GAGGUGAGGUGAGGUGGAGCGUUGCAGGCUUGCUGAUCUCACGGCUAUUCAGGGACAGGUUGGACUGGUUUCUCCUCCACAGCACUGGUGUCUUUUGGCGGCUGUUGUUCAUAGAGAGGGAGGAAGAAGUGAAGAGAUUAAAGAGGGAGCGUGGAAAGAGUGAAAGGGUUCUCUGCACGUUUCAACGUUUGACUCGGAAAGACAUUUCACCAUGACAGAGGAUGGGGAGUAUUAUGGAAAGCAUGGCGAGCCGAAGAAGUAUGACCCGACGUUCAAAGGCCCCAUCCACAACAGAGGCUGCACAGACAUUGUGUGCUGCAUCCUCUUCGCUAUCGCCAUUGUGGGUUAUAUUGCAGUUGGAAUACUUGCCUGGUCUCAGGGGGAUCCCAGAAAGGUGAUCUAUCCCACAGACAGCCGAGGCCAGUUCUGUGGGCAGGCUGGCACCCCACUGGAGAACAAGCGUCUGUUGUUCUACUUCAACAUCAUGAAGUGUGCCAGUCCUAUGGUGCUGCUGGAGUUCCAGUGUCCCACCACACAGAUCUGUGUGGACAAGUGCCCUACGAAGUUCAUGACGUUAGUCCAAGCUUACUCCAACAAAAAGGACUUUGAAUACUACAAGAGCUUCUGCCAGGAGGGCGUGACUGACUCAAUGGGAAUACCACACAUCCUAAAGGCACGUCUCUGUCCUGCUAUUCUGACGCCAAGCGUACCCUUCACACGCAGGUGCUUCCCAGCUUUGGGCCAGAAAGGCGGCGUGAUCACUGUGGGGAACAAGUCUCAAUUUGAAGAUGAAACUGGAAGAAUUCGAGAUGCCAAGGACCUUGUGGACGGAGUCAAGAAUGCCACUGUGGUUAUGGAGGCGCGUCAGGUGGUUAUGAAAAUCUUUGAGGAUUACACACAGUCCUGGUACUGGAUUCUCAUAGGGUUAGUUAUCGCGUUGCUCCUCAGCCUGCUCUUCCUCGUUCUGCUGCGCUUCCUGGCUGGAAUCAUGGUGUGGGUCAUGAUUGCACUGCUGAUACUGGUAAUAGGAUAUGGUAUCUUCCACUGCUACAUGGAGUAUGCUUCUCUGAAGGGAGAGCCUGGCUCUAACGUGACCAUCCAGGAUCUUGGCUUCCAGACGGACUUCACAGUCUACCUGCAGAUCAGACAGACCUGGCUGGCCUUCAUGAUCAUCCUGGCCAUUGUGGUGGUCAUCAUCAUCCUCCUGCUCAUCUUCCUCAGGAAAAGGAUUCUCAUUGCCAUCGCUCUCAUCAAAGAAGCCAGCAGAACCAUUGCCCAUAUGAUGUGCUCCCUUUUCUACCCUCUCUUCACUUUCCUCCUCCUGGCCAUCGUUAUCGCCUACUGGGGAGUCACUGCAGUUUUCUUGUCCACAUCAAAUGAGCCCAUCUACAAGGUCUUUAAUGAGACGCUGUGUGAACACUCCAGAGAAGUUUGUGAGCCGGCUAACUACUCGACCAGCGACCAGCAAAGAGCGUGCCCAGACUCCCAGUGCCUCUUUGCGUUCUAUGGAGGAGAGACCGUUUACCAUAAAUACCUGAUUGCGCUGCAGUUCUACAAUGUCUUCCUCUUCUUCUGGUGUGCCAACUUUGUCAUUGGUCUGGGACAGAUGACGCUGGCCGGGGCCUUUGCCUCAUAUUACUGGGCCGUUGUUAAACCAGACGACAUGCCAGCCUUCCCAGUCUUUUCCUCCUUGGGGAGAUCACUCAGGUAUCACACUGGGAGUCUGGCGUUUGGUUCCCUUAUUCUCUCCAUAAUUCAGAUCAUCAGGGUUCUGCUGGAGUAUCUGGACCACAAACUUAAAGGAGCCCAGAAUAAGUGUGCGAGGUUCGUGUUGUGCUGUUUGAAGUGCUGCUUCUGGUGUUUGGAGAAAUUCAUCAAGUUCCUAAACAGAAAUGCCUACAUUAUGGUGGCAAUUCAUGGCAAAAACUUUUGUGCCUCAGCCAAAGAUGCCUUCUUCCUCCUCAUGAGGAACAUGAUCAGGGUUGCUGUCUUGGAUAAAGUCACAGAUUUCCUCUUGUUUUUGGGCAAAUUGCUCGUUGUUGGCCUCGUGGGCGUCUUUGCCUUCUUCUUCUUCUCUGGAAGAGUGAAAGCCUUUGAGGACACGGCUCCCACUCUCAACUAUUACUGGGUUCCCAUCCUGACCGUGGUGGUUGGUUCGUACCUCAUUGCAAGUGGAUUCUUCAGCGUGUACAACAUGUGUGUGGACACUCUGUUCCUCUGUUUCUGUGAAGACCUGGAGCGCAAUGACGGUUCGGCCGCGAGGCCUUAUUUCAUGUCGCCGACUCUCCGUGAGAUUCUGUGGAAGAGCAAGGCCGAGGACUCGUCUUCGUUUUCCGCUCAGCAACGGGAAGACGAGGAGUUGAAACAGCGGCAGACUAAAGAGGAGGAUGUGUCUUAGAGUCGUUUUUAGGAGAAACCGAAGAGGCUACAAGCACAUGAACACUGAACACUUCUUUAACAACUACAGUUAAGAAGUAGAAAAUUCUCUUUUGCACUUAACCCACUUGUCUCAAAGAGGCAGAUUGUGGUGCAAUGAUAAGACGGACAAUUCCAGGUUCAGUGUUUUUGCUUCACGACACUCAAAACAAGUAGAUUCAACCUCUCUGUGUUGAGGACUGCAUGAAAGACCGUCUUUUUAUUCACUACUGACCCCUAAACAUUUAACUUUAACCUCAGAAAAUGUUUAAAUUUAAAUUGACCAUUCACUAAAUUCCUCUUACAGUCCGUGUUUAUACAGAUCUCUCUAUAAGCCAAGCUUUCACUAUAUUUUUCUCAUCUCUUCUGUCGCCCCCUGGUGGCUAUUCAAUGGAUUAUAAAUUAUGGAUAAGGCCAAACCCGGAAGACUACAUUCACUAUUUAUUUAUUUUUUCAAGUUGAAGUCUUUUUUAACUAAUUAAGAAAUUUUGAAGCAACAGUAACUACUGGGAUUAAGUGAAUGGUCAAUUAACCAAGCUUGUCUCUUGGAACCAGUGCUUUAACAUGUACAUAGGAUUAUUACAGGCAUAAUUUGAUGCUUUGUGAAUAUGACGAUCUCCGACUGGAGGUGAUGAGAUUUUAGUGUUGACAGCCAGGUCUGUCGUCGUCUUCUUCUUCUUUUAAUGACGCAGUUCUUUGGAUUUCUGUAGCUGCUUUGUGUUUAAUAUUAGAGUUUUCAGACGUAAUCUGACGUUUCUUGUGCAAAGAAAAAGUGCAUUUGACAGCCUCUGGCCACUUGAAACUUGAAGCCGUUCAUGUGCCUGAUUUACUGUGUUAACGUUGGUCUGUUUGCGUCUGUGACUUAAAAUAAAAAAGGGUACUCGCUUGUUUACGGUCAGUGCAAACGGCACAAUAUAAUCAUCAGUGGUGCGUUUGUUAGUAUGCUGUGUCAUCGAUGCACUUUAUAUUUUCUCCCGUUUCACACAAAGCCAUUACCGAUGUGUAUCUGUGUGAAUGAAUGCUGGUGAUUUUACUUGAAGGUAGUUGUUUUAUAAUUUCAUGUCACGUUUAUAUGAUUGUGUAAGGUUCCCCACUUAAACGAUUGAUUUUUCUACCUGAAGAAAAAACUGGAUUCUGACAUUCAAAUAUAGGCAGGAGUUAAGCAUUUAAAAAAAAUUAAAAUAAAAAAAUUUAGCAGGUGUUUAGGUGAAAAAAAGCUUAAUGCAAACAAA